AUGGAUAGCUCUAAAAUUCAAGAUAUUCAAGGACAACGACAAAAAGGACUAUUACUAGUAUAUAAAGAGCUGGAUGAUCAGGCUUUAGCUUGUUUUCAUGAUGCAUUAACUAAACUUCAAACAAUCACUGACCAGUUAGACGAUCGAAAUAAGCUCCUUUGCGAUUUACUUCUUGAUUCUGCUGUUUGCUAUACAUGGCAAUAUCGUUACGAACAAGCUUUUGAUUUAUGUAAUCGAGCAGAAGAAAUUGCAAAGACUUUAAAAGAUGACAUAAGGAUAGCUAAAUGUUUCGAUAAUCGAGGAUUUACGGAAAACAUGAAGUAUCAAUUUCAAGAAGCUAUAGACAGUUAUAAAACCGCAAUUAAUUUAAAACUACAAGCGACUGGAGAUAAUACAACUGAAAUUGCAGAUACUUAUGAAGGCAUUGGUGAUGUGUAUAGUUGCUACAGUUUCGUUAAAGAGUCUAUAGAGUACAACGAGAAAGCGCUAAAAAUUAGGUUAACAGAAUUAGGGGAGAACCAUAUACAAGUUGCUGAUUCUUAUUCGCGUAUUGGUUUACUAUAUGCUGAAUAUCAACGAAUCGAUGAAGCCUUAUCAAACCUAGAUACUGCUCUAAAUAUACGGUUAAAAAUAUUAGGAGAUCAAGAUUUAUCUAUUGCAUCACUAUAUGAUUCAAUUGGAGACAUUAAGUGUAAGCAAGGAAAAUUCAGCGAGGCCUUGGAAAUAUAUGAGAAAAGUCUGAGCAUGAGAAUAAGUAUCGUUGGAGAUAAUGAUAUACAUAUUACCGAUUCUUAUAUGCGUCUAUCUUGCGUUCGAGUGAAUGAAGGCAACUAUGAUGAAGCAAAAUCACUUCUAGAAAAGGCUCUUAAGAUUCGAUUAGCUAAAUGGGGCGAAAAUAGUUUACAAGUCGGGGAUAUAUAUUUUCAAUUUGCAAUAAUUUGUCGUCAUGAGGAUGAUUUUGAUGAAGCAGAAACUUUGUACAAGAAAGCCUUAGAAAUUAGAAAAAAUAUUGCCGGAGAAAAGAGUGUGAAUCUAGCUGAUAUAUAUCUAGAUAUGGGAACGAAUUUGAUCGAUCAGGAUAGAGUCGAUACUGCAAAAGAGCUAUUAUAUAAAGCCAUAAAUCUCAGAAAAGAAGUUUUAGGAGAUAAACAUACAUAUGUAGCUGUUUGCUAUCAUACUAUUGGCGAUUAUUAUUUUUCACUAGAUGAUUAUGAAGAAGCUAUAAAGAUGUAUAGAAAUGCUCUAGAAAUUCGGGCUGAAUUAUAUGGCGAAAAUAGCCCGAGUGUGGGUGAGACUUACUUUGAAAUAGGUGCUAGCUAUGAAAGCUUGGAUAAAAAUGGAUUAGCUAUUUCUAAUUAUGAGAAGUGUCUUAAAAUCUUAAUAAUGCAUUUCGGAAAAGAUCAUGAAAAGGUUGCAGAGACCUAUUACCGAUUGGGGAAGGUUUAUUUAGAAAUAAAAAAGCAAAAUGAAGCCUUGAUUUCGUUUGAAAGUGCUCUAACUACUCGACUCAUGUUAUUGGGAGACGAUAAUUUACAACUAGCAGAAGUUUAUCAUGGAAUCGGAAUGGCUCAUUUGGCAUUAAAGGAUACAAAAAGGGCUGAUAAAUUCUUUCAAAAAGAGUUAGAUAUUCGUCAAGCAAAUUCAGAAGAAGAAAACGUAGAUUAUGCUCAACUCUAUCUGUGGAUGGGCUUUGUUGCUGUAGCUAAAAAUCAUAACGAUAGGGCUACAGAGCUGCUAGUGAAAGGAUUAGACAUUAUGUUGAAUGUUUUGGAAAGCGAUCCCUGUGGAGAAGAAUUAUUUCUUUUUUACGAUACUAUCGGCUGCAAUUAUGCCGCGUUAGAGAAAUGGGAUGCUGCAAUUACAGCGUUUAAUAAAGCAAAAGAUGUUCUUAUUUCUAAUGAAAACGUUGAUACACUAAAAGCUGCUGAUAUUUACAAUCAUCUUGCAACUGCAUACUAUCAACAGCAUAGGUACAGCGAUGCUCUAUCCGAGCUGCAAUUAGCCUUCAAAAUAAACUGGCGUUAUAUAAAUGAUGAUCCACUGAAGACGACAUGCUAUACAUAUAAAGACUUUAUCUCAAUCCCAUCUAAAACCUAUAAAUACCCCUGUACGCUAACUCGUUAG